AUGAUCCGCCCUCGUUAUGAAAGUUCGAAGGACCAUCCUUUGUAGACAGAUGUGGCCUGUUUCUUAAUGGUCAUUGAGAUUCAACGAUUGUUAGAUGAAAAUACUCAAUUGAAAGUGGAAAUGCAGGAGAUCUUGGCGAGACAACUCGACAGGGCGAAUUAUGAACAAUAGAUUAAAGAUCUGAUGGAACGUCUUCGUUAACUGCAAGGUUUGGUAGCAGAUCUUACAAAGGAAAAUAAGUAGCUUAAAUAACGAUAAGCUGAUUAGGAUGCGGAACUAGCAGAUUUGAAAUAAUUUGUUGAAGAAAAUAAUCUCGAGGAGAAGUAGGAAUAGCAAGAAGCGGUUGCCAAAGAAUUAGACGAUCUCAAAGAUUAAUUAGAAAGAGAUCAAAAAGAUAGGGAUGAUCAAAAGGCUUUUUAUGAAGGUUUGCUUGCAGAUAAAGAUGAUUUGAUAGCUGAACUCAGAAGACAAUUAAAAGAUGCUGAUGAUAAAUUCAAUAAUUAUCGUCGAGAAAAGGAGUAGAUAAUUAAGGAGAAAGACUAUGAUAUCAAGAACAAGGAGAGAGAGAUCAAGGACUUAUUAAGGAGAUUAGCUGAAUAUGAGGCAAAAUUGCAAGGUAAAAGACCUGAUGAAAUUCAGCGAGAUAUGGAUAGAUUAAAAAAGGAAUUGGCUGAUAAAGACAAGGAGAUUGAUAAAUUAAAAAAGAAAUUAGGAGAUCUAGAAGCUUAAUUAGCUCUAUUAAAACAAUAAUUAUAGGAUGCUAAAGAUAAGCUCAAGGAUGCUUUGUCUUAAUUGGCAGAGGCAAAGAAUUAGGCUAAUUAGGCAGCCAAAGACAAUGAUGCUAAGAAUCAAAGGAGAAUCAGAGAACUUGAAUAGUUGGUUGAGUAAUUGAAGGCUGAAAUUGAUAGAUUAAAUGCAUUGAUAGAUAAAUUGAAUUAAGAUGUUGCAUCUGGAAUUGAAAGAGAAAAACAACUAAAUGAUAAUUUACAAAAACAAUUAAGUGAUAAUGGAUCGGUGUCUGCUGCCAAAUAGAAUAGACAAGCCAAAUAAGCAGAGCAAGCUUAAUAAUAAUUAACCUAGGCCUCUUAAAAGUUAAAGGAUACUGAAAAGGAUAACAACGAACUCAAAAAGAAAUCGAAUGAAUUGGAUAGAUAAUUAGAAGAAGCUAGAAAAUUAAUUAAAUAAUUAUAAGACGAGAUUGCAGCCUUAAAAGAAAAAUUAUUAUUGGCUUAAACUGAAAAUGACGAUCUCAGAAAUCAAUUAAACGACUUAUAGGAUUAAUUGACUGAAGCUUUGUUGGAUAAGGAUUAUCUUCAGAAAUCUCUCAAAGAUUAAGAGGACGAACUCAACAGAGUCAAUGAUUAAAUAUAAGAUUUGAAUAAUGAGAAAGAAUAAGCAUAGGCUGCUGCUUUGGAGGCUAAAUAAUAACUUCAAGAUAUUGCAGAUGAAAAGGCUUAGGAAGAUGCUGACAAAGAAAAGGAUUAGGAUAGAUUAAAUGAUUUGGAAGAUAAGGUAGCUGAACUUGAAGAUUAAAUUGAAGACUUGGAAAAAACAAGGAAUCGUUUACUUAAUCAAAUUCAAGAAUUAAUUGAUAAACUUCAUGAUGAAAGAGAGUUGUGUGAAUAUUAUCAUAAACUCUGUUCUGAUUAAGAACAUCAAAAUAAACUACUAUAAGAUUAAGAAAAUAAAUUAAAAGAGUAGGUCUAAAAAUUGAAUAAUGAUAUUGAAUAGAUGGAAGAAGAUCAUGAAGAGGCUUAGAAAAGACUAGUUGAAUUGGCUUCGGAAUAAGAAGCUCUUAAGGAAUUAGCUGCCUCUAAUUCAGAUAAUGUUAUCGAUAGAUAAGCCUAUGAUAAUUUGUUGAAUCAGUUGGAUGAGAAAAAUAAGGAAAUAGAGGAUUUAAAUGAAUUAUUAAGAAGAUAUGAAUAAUAAUUCAAAAUGUUAAGAGCUGAGUUAGCAAGAGUGAAUUUAGCUUAACUAAAAGAAAAAAAGAAUAAAUAAGACACUGAAGCACUAUUAACAAAAAUCAUGAUUAUGUAGGCUGAGAAUGAACGUUUACAAUAGGCUGCAAAACAAUUACAAUCUCAAGCUGCAUCUCCAGAAGUCUUGAAGAGAACUGGAAGUUAAGGUAACGAUCCUGCCUAAGGAAAGCUAGAGUCAUUAUAAAAAGAAAAUCUUAAACUUGAAGAUCAAGUUAGUGAGUAUGAAAAUAAGAUUGCUCUAUUGACUAUGGAAUUAAAGAGGUUGAAAGAUUAAAAGCCUGAAAUCCUUCCAAUCAAAUCUAGUGGUGGUAGCGAUGAACAAUAACUUUAAUUAUAAGUUCAAUAAUUAUAAUAGCAAGUUCAAUAAUUGUAGAAUGGAGGAUUAUUGUAAUCAAAUGGAUAACCUAUAUCAAAAGAGGAUAGAAGACUAUCUGAUUUGUUAUGCUUAGUGACAAUCAUGGCUGCUGAAAUAGAGAACCUUAGAAGCCUCGUUGUCUUGCAUUGA